AAAGAUACCGCAUGCACUCAGUGGUCUGUUUAUUACUGUACUAUUGCUAAAAAAAAAAUAAUGAAUGAAGGUUAUAAUUAGGGAUGCACCGAUCUACAAGCCAGGGACUGGAAUCGGCUGUUUUCUUUUAGCGCGUUCGGCCCGGAUUGCCCACUCGGUCUUCCGUAUCUCCGAUUCCUUUUUACGCAUGGUCAUACGUCAUACGCACAGCGGCGCAGGCAAUAAUAUUACACCCGCACGCUAACAAGUUCUUCACCACGAACGAGGAAGACAGAAAGCCCGAAAUUUGUAAUACUGUUAAUAGGUCUCAUACCUAUGGACAAAUGCUCUUUGGAAAGUGCAAAAAUGUUGUCUCUGGACAACAGUGUGGAUGCCAGCCUUGAUCUUGGGUCUAGACGUGAUGUACAAACAUGCACUUCUUGGAAAACUCCCAUUAUCUGGGAAGGGAUGUUUGACCCUGAUCUGUACGACCAGAUGCACAAGAGAGAAGGAUCCUCUGUGGCUCUAACAGUGUUUGCUGUGGGCAGGUACCUGGAUGCUUACCUCAUGACCUUCCUGAACUCUUCAGAGAAACACUUCAUGUUGGGUUUGCCUGUCACAUAUUACGUAUUUACUGACAUGCCAGAGAAGAUGCCGCACAUCAAGCUUGCUCCUCGGCGAAGCUUAAAGGUUUUCAAAGUAGAGAGGCACUCCAGGUGGCAGGAUGUUUCCAUGAUGCGCAUGAAGACGAUAUCAGAGGUCAUUGAAUCGGACAUUCGUCACCACUGCACGCAUGUCUUCUGUUUCGAUGUGGAUCAGGUGUUUACUGGGAGGUUUGGCUCGGAGGCUCUGGGAGAUUCUGUGGCUCUGCUCCACGCCUACUACUACCACCUUCCUAAGUGCUUGUAUACUUAUGACCACAACCCAAAGUCCAAAGCAUACAUGGAAAGAGGGGAUUUUUACUAUCAUGCUGCUGUCUUUGGAGGUUCAUGGAAGAGUGUAAAAGCACUGACUGAGGCUUGCUACCAGAGCAUCAUGGAGGAUAAAGAGAAUAAUGUGGAGGCUCUGUGGCACGAUGAGAGUCAUCUCAACAAGUAUUUGUGGCUUCAUAAACCAAGUAGGGUGCUCUCUCCGGAGUACUGCUGGGACACCAGUAUCGGCUACAGGAGUGACAUACGAGUUGCCCGGCUACUGUGGGCACCAAAACAUUACGAUACGCUCCGCACGGUUUAGAGUAUUUUGGAACAAGAUCACCUGCUAUGUUUAAUUGAAGCCAUGUAACCUUUCUGACAAACAUAACACUCUCAGGUUCUCAUGCUCUACGGCUUCUUCUUCUUCUCGUUCUCUCAGGAUGUUUUUAUUUGCAUAUCUGCAAGUGUGGAUUUUCCUAAUGGAGUGACGACAUCUUUCACUGAUUGUUUUUAGAUAAUUUUGUUUUCUAAGAUUUGGUAAAUAUGUGCAAAUGGUGCCUUUGCCUUUCAAUGGUGUGUUGAAACAAAAUAUUUUGAUAACUAAACAUAUCUAAUGGUGCCAGCACACUCAAGCCGUUGAUAGAUCCUGUUUAUUUUCUGUGUAAAGCAGGCAGAGUGAGCUGACAGACCAGCUGCCAUCUCUGAAUUUGCAAUUUAAACAACAACAAAUGUAAACAACUUCGAUCUUAUAUCUCAAAACUGCAGUCAAGGCAUCGCAGACUUUUUUUCCUUAGAGAGGUGACGCAUUGACCUCAUAUGAGAAACCAUUUGUUUGUGUAUUGAGACCGGGGAGCUGAGGUUGCCUGUUGACCCAGUUUAUUUGCCACAAUCUUUUAUUUUGAAUGUUGUAAAGCUUGGUGAAAGGCAAUGAUUUGAAGUAACUGAAACUGUAACGAAUCCUUUGAAGUUGAUCAAUGUCAAAGUUUGCUUUGCAUUUUGCACUUAAGACUCUAUCCUGACUGCAGAGCAGCAUGUAAUUCCAGUUUUCACUUUUUCAACACACACAUGUUGAAAAUGAUGUUUAUUAACUGGUUUUGUCAUUUUUGUGUCUUUACGUAUUUUUUUACUCAUGACAUGUUACAAAUAUCACAUGUAACUGUAAGUUUGACUCAGGAGAGCUUGAAAUUAAUUGUAAUGUAACUGUAGAAGGGUUAACUUGGCUUCCAGAUGCUGAGCCGGGUCCUUGUUGAACUUCUUCUGAAGAAACUCGGAGAAACUUCACAUCAGCUAUUCAAUGUUUUCUUGGCCUUCCAGUCUUUUUUUUGUCCUUGACCUCUCCCGAUUCUUCAAAUUUCUUUAGAACAGAUUGAAUACCACAUCUUGAGGAUCCAGUUUGUUGCUGAUUUCACUUUGAAAGUGGCCUUGCUGAUGCAAAAAUUAUGAUUUUAUGUCUGUCAAAUAGUGUGAUCUUUGGCAUUUUGAAUAGAAUGAUAUGAUUGAAAGUUGGUCUUAUACAUAUUAGCAAGCUUCCAAUGAGUUAAACUCAUACAACGAUGUCUUGGACAAUAGACCUUCAUUAGGGUUUCAUUUCUUUUAGGUUUAAGAGAGCCAUGUUCCUGUUGUUGCUUGAGUGUAAGGGAAGGUCUCACUAAAUACUUGACACUUUUUUUUCAGUUUAAUUUUACAUACACAUUUCCUGUAUUUUCUGGCUGUAUUCUAAUACAGAAGUGAGAAAUAGUUAUAUAUGGUCAUUAUAGCACUGCUAAAAUAACAAAUCUAUUGGUGGCCUAAGACCUUUACAUAGUACUGUAGAUUUAUUUGUUUUCAAGUAUGAAAUAUUAAACAGAUUUCUAUCGGUUUAUGUUCAACAGAAAUAUACUGGAUGUUUUACAUGAGGAAGUUAAGUCGUGAGGAUAAAGGAACAUCAGUAUUUUGUUGUGAAACUGAAAAGGGAUACAUAAAAAGAGAUGGAGAAAGAAAGGGCAAUUUUUCUGUUAUUUUGUUUGUUAAUUUAAUUUACUUACAAAUAAAAUCACCUCUGUACAUCAUAUUCAUGUUAAAGGUUGGCUGAAAAUCUCAACAAGACAUACUUUCUGUGCUGCUGAUGGCGGCUGGGGGAGCCGAGGGGUCUGAGUGGCUCUGAGAGGAGGUCAGAUUCAGGUAGCCCAUCUCUGCUGAACGAGACAUGUGUCGAGAUACGAAGCAGUGAGGGGAAGAAGUCACUUCUGUCUGCUUGCUCUGAGUAUUGUUCAGUACAUCCUCAAUUUCUGAUGGCUCAGGUGUCAUCACACUGGGGAUGCAAUCAAAGUUCACAGACAUUUGAUGAUGUUUUAUUUAGCAAGCAAACAGAUUCUACUUAAGUUCUUGACCAGGAUGAGACCUACCUUGAAGGUGGUGGGAGAGAUGUAAAAACCUUCAUACAAUUAGAUACUUUCUUUUGUUCCUAGAGCAACAAAACAAAGAAUUCUGUUAUCACAAUAUUAUAUUAUUUUAAAACUAAUUUGUUUUUCUCUGGCUCUAAGAACAGUGAUGUGGGUUUGUCAGUAUUUGUCAAACACUGGUCUAAGGGCAACUUAUUGAUGGAAUUAAUAGUACAGAUCAUCCAUGAAUCCCAGGGGGUGAAUGCUACUGACUCCCCUGACUUUUUAUCUAAUGCCAUCAGCGGGUUAGAGCUGUGUGUUUUUUUUGUAAAAUGUCUCAAAAUUUUUUGGAUGGAUUGUCAUGAAAUUUGAUAUAUCUUUGUCCCCCUCAGGAUGAAUUGUAAUCACCUAACUUUUCAGCUAGCACCAUCAUUUGGCAUACAAAGAAGUGGAUAAUGUCACAGUGGCUACAACCACUUCAGUUAUACAGUCUAUACUGUACACUCUUGUUAAUGCAUCCAACAAUUUGGUUUUCUGGUGUAUGCUAGCAUGUAGCCUGUAUAUAAAGAUGAGGUAAACUUAACUGUGCCCGGUACGGUGGCAAAGUGCAGUGAUUUCCUGUUUUGCAAGCUGCGUUCCAGGACAGCUAGCUGACUGGACAUGUGGAGUAAUUUGUUUCUUAGUUUCUUGUUUUCCAUCUCCAGAAAAUCCACCCUUGAGAUCAAAAGAAACAUCUCUCCUUUGUCAGUGGAAAGACUAUUGAAAUGAGCAGUAAAGUGAAUGGUUUUUGGUCAGUGUGCAGUUAAGUGUUGACUGUGUGAGUUCGGUACCUGCAUUUGGACAAAGAAGCUGUCAGACUACUGUCUUUCUUGUUGUGCUCCUCCUCAUUUAGCUGUUGUAGUAGCCUUCUCCUCUCAACGAGUAGUUUGUCAUUUUCCACAGUUAUACUUAUGAUAAGCUCUUUUUCCUGGGAGAGACAAUUUGAAUUUCUUCAUUCAUUAUCCACUUUUAUAUAGUCUAAUUUAUUUGAAAACAGUCUAUAUUAUAGACUCUACAGAGUGGCACUUGGUCCACACAGAAAUUAUAACUAGUUUAUGAAUCAGUGUCUUUCUUAUAGAUGCUGUGGACCUUCAUCAUUGCCACAGUUUAACAAAGUCCAUGAUGGCCUGGUAGCUUAGUUAGUUAUAUAUAUAUGUGAGUGAGUGUAUGAACUAUCUAUAGCUACAGAAAGUGACUGAACGAGUGCACUUCUACUUUGGAGAAGCUGCAGCUCAGGAGGUCCACUAAUCAGAAGGUCAGUGGUUUGAUCCCUGGCUGCUGCUGUCUACAUAGAGACGUGUCCUUGGGCAAGAUACUGAACCCCAAAUUUAUGCCGAUGUCUCUUUGAUUAGUGUGAGUGUGAAUAGCUCCUGAUGAGCAGGUGGCACCCUGCAUGGUAGCCUGUGUCACCAGUAUGUAUCAGUAUGAAUUAAGGGGGGGGGGCUGCUUCAUGUUGUAAAGUGAUUUGAGUUGUCAGUUAGACUUAAGUAUUAAAGGCAGUCCAUUUACCAUUUACUCCUCAAAACACAUUUGGGAGUACAUCACAUGAAUACAAAAAAUGAAAAAAUGAAAUGACCAAGAUACACCUCCUUGUUUUGCUUCUGUGUAGAGUAAGAGAAACUGUGGUUUUACCUUUGAUAAUGAAUGGGCGCAUAAGGACAGUUCUCGCUCUAGAUUUUUGAUCUUCUCAUCACGCCAUGCAGUUUCAUCAUCAAAUUUCUGUUUGACCCGACACAGUUUUGCCUUGUGCUUUUCCUUCAUCUCAUGGUAUUUACUGUAAUAAAAUAAAAAUAGAAUUACGGUAGCCUUA